GUCCGUGUGUGUGCGUGUGUCUGUGUGUGUGAGACAUUUCUACUCCCCAGACUCACCCCCACCCCUGCCCCUUUGCCUCCAGCAGAGAAAGUGAAGGGAUAGUCAGGAAUCGGAGUGGACUCUGGGUAACGAAGGGGAAUUAGAAACAGCCCCUGUGAAUCCUGAUUAAUGGAAACAAAUCCUCGUGCAGCAGCUGGUUACUUAGAUCGAGGUUAAGAAAGAUGAUGAUGUGCUGGGGAGGGAGAUUGUGUCGAUGAUGUAGCUAAGCUGUUUCAGCUUUAAAACCAGCUUUAGGAAAGCAUGUUGACCACACACUGCAGGCUGAUGGACAGAGAGGUUUGGCUCAGUCCAGCCUCUCAGAGAAUCAACAGCCUCCCGUUUUCCUAAAGCUGGAUGGGUUUCUCAGAGUCCCCCGUUGGGGUGCCCAAUCUGACCAUUGGUCCAUUCGAUGGCCCUCAGUGGCCACAUAUUGCCCCGCGGGGCACCUAUGUGACGGUGGCCAUUCUGAUGGGCACUGUGGUCAUCCUAGCCUCCUUCAUGAAUGGGAUGGUCAUCCUGGUCUCGGUCAGGUACAAGAGGCUCCGCUCCCCCCUCAACUACAUCCUGGUCAACCUGGCCAUGGCAGACCUGAUGGUCACCUUCUUUGGCAGCACCAUCAGUUUCUCCAACAACAUCAAUGGAUACUUCACUCUGGGGCAAGCUAUGUGUCAGUUCGAGGGUUUCAUGGUGUCUCUAACAGGUAUUGUGGGGCUGUGGUCGCUGGCUAUCUUGGCUUUCGAACGCUACAUCAUCAUUUGCAAACCGAUGGGCGAUUUCCGCUUCCAACAGAGGCAUGCAGUGUGGGGCUGUCUGUUCACUUGGAUCUGGGCUUUGGUGUGGACUAUGCCCCCUCUCUUGGGUUGGAGUAGUUAUGUACCUGAGGGUUUACGAACGUCUUGUGGCCCGAACUGGUACACGGGAGGGAGUAACAACAACAGUUGCUCAGCAACAGAAGGAGUGUCAGACGACACAGCGAGCAGAACGAGAGGUGACCCGUAUGGUGGUCGUCAUGGUGAUGGCGUUUUUGAUCUGCUGGCUUCCUUAUACAACCUUUGCCCUAGUUGUUGCUGUGGAUAAGGACAUUGUGAUUUACCCCACCUUGGCCUCCAUGCCAUCCUAUUUCUCAAAGACCGCCACCGUCUACAACCCCAUCAUCUACGU